GUCCAUCUCAUUCUCUUCAAGACAGGCAGACCUCCUGAGCAGUUUUCGCAAUGUCUCUGAGAUCAAGCAGUGCAUAUUCUUAUAAAAGUAUCGGAGGUGGAGGCUUUGGUGGAGGCACAAGUGGAGGCUUUGGUGGAAGCUCAAGUGGAGGCUUUGGUGGAGGCAUGGUGAGGAGGUCAUAUGCUUCAAGUGUGCAUGGUGGCGCAGGUGGCCAAGGAGCAAGAAUCUCCAUAUCCUCCGGCGGUGGAGGCGGCUAUGGCAGUGGAGGCGGCUAUGGCAGUGGAGGUGGCUAUGGCGGCUACAGCGGUGGAGGUGGUGGAGGUGGUUUCAGCAUGGGAGGUGGUGGAGGCUACGUUGGAGAUGGUGGUGCUGAUGUUGGGGCCAAUGAGAAGGCCACCAUGCAGAACCUGAACGACCGUCUGGCCUCCUACCUGGAGAAGGUGCGCACCCUGGAGAAGGCAAACACUGAGCUGGAGCUCAAGAUCCGGCAGUUUUUGGAAAGUAAGACCUCCCCCACUGCCCGGGACUACUCAGCUUUUGAGGCCACCAUUGCUGACCUGCAGGGAAAGAUCCAGAAUGCCACCUGUAUAAAUGGAGGCAUCUAUCUGUCCAUUGACAAUGCUAAACUGGCCGCAGACGACUUCAAGAACAAAUAUGAGAAUGAGCUCGCCAUGCGUCAGUCAGUGGAGGCAGAUAUCGCCGGUCUAAAGAGACUGUUGGAUGAGCUGACGCUGGCCAGAUCAGACCUGGAGAUGCAAAUAGAAGGCCUGAGGGAGGAGCUGAUCUACCUCAAAAAGAACCACGAGGAGGAAUUGGCAGCCAUGAGGAACCAGAUGAGUGGACAGAUCAACGUGGAAGUGGACGCCAAACCGCAGGUAGACCUGUCCAGCAUUAUGGCUGAGAUCCGUGAGGGGUACGAGAGCGUGGCCGCCAAGAACCAGAAAGAACUUCAAGCCUGGUUCCAAUCAAAGUCAGAGGAAUUGAACAAGGAGGUGGCGGUCAGCACAGAAGUUCUCCAGUCGUCAAAGUCAGAAAUCUCUGAACUCCGUCGAACACUACAGGGCCUGCAGAUUGAGUUACAGUCACAACUUAGCAUGAAAUCCUCCCUGGAAGGCACUUUAGCUGACACAGAAAGGCAGUAUUCCAUGCAGCUCCAAAGCCUCCAGAUGCAGGUCACCAGCCUAGAGGAACAACUGACAAAUCUGCGUGGUGACAUGGAGCGCCAGAGCCAAGACUAUAACAUGCUGCUUGACAUCAAGGCACGGCUGGAGAUGGAGAUUGCAGAAUACAAGAGGCUGAUGGACGGAGAGGGCAGUUUCAGCAGUUCAGGUGGCAGUUCCGGUGGCAGUUCAAAGAAAACCACUUCCAGGGUGAUAGUGGUCACAGAGGAACUGAAGGACGGCAAGCUGGUGUCCUCCUCUACAACCACCAAAUAAUCUGUCUCACGCAGCAAACCCAACACAAAGGGGCAACUCCUGAGGACCACAACCACAACUUGUUAACCUAAUACUACCUUCACAUACACAUGUGAAUGCAAUAAAUGGCUGCCAGUU